AUCUGUAUCCACUGAUAUGCAGACAUCUCUUUUCCUAUGUAAGUCUACAAGAAAAAGUCUUUUUGGGCCAGAGGGUAUCGUGCGAUGGGCCUGGAGUUGCAAUUCCACUGUUUGUCCGCGAUGUAUAAUUUACUUCAAAGCCCGGAGCCUUUUCUGGGGGCUGGUGUGUAGUUACUUCUAAAAUUAUUUACAGCUCAUGGCUAAUAACGUGAGGGUGAAGCAAGGUGGAGCUGGGUGAUGACUAAAUUGGAUUGUUUUUGACUGAUAUGACAGUAGUUGUUUUGGUAGUUAAAAUGUUCCCUCCUCAAGCAAUUUGAAAAGAUGUCUAAAUUAAUAAAAAUGUGAAAUAUUAAAGGGGGGUCAUUUAAAUAAUUUAUAAAACCACUGCAUUUAUGUCAGAUCUUGUAGCUGUUUCCGUCUCAUCUGGAUGUAUUUGUUUUUUCACUCCAUAUUUGCAUGUUCUGUCAAUGCGGCCUCUUUACCUGGGUUUAGAACAAAGCCAAUGCCUCGCUGUCGUUUGCAUCUAGCAGCCUGUUUUUCCACGGAUACUGCCUGGUCGCUGAAUAACUGAUGACCACUCCACUGGUCAGGCAACAACAUUUGCAUAUCAGGCAGGUUGUCUCAGCCUUACCUGCCAUGUACUGUAAUAUCACUGUAGUAAAUAGCAUGUAUGUAGGCAGUAGAGGGAACCAGAAAGAAGGCUCCUCUGUUGGUACUGGGGCACACUUUUUUAUUUAUUUGGAUAUUUAAGUGUUUUAUGAGUAGUUUAAUUUGAACCAUGACUUUGCAGCCCCGUAGUGUGAGUGGAGUGGAGAUGAGAAAAAGGCAGGCGGCGCACAUCGAGGCCACACCCCAGGCCCCUGGACAGCCCCGACCCAACACCUGCUGCCUCUGCUGGUGCGGCUGCUGCAAGUGUCUCUGGAAUGAAGACAGGAUGGAGAGGAGUGAACGACAGACCUGCACCAAGAUGGACAGUAUUGAAGCUGCAGAGGAACAACAGCCCAGUCUAGACGAGGCACUGUUGUGGGCCCGGAGCUUUGAGAUGAUGCUGCGCUCGCUGGAGGGCCGGGAGGUCUUCCGGGAGUUCCUGCGCUCUGAGUACAGCGAGGACAACCUGCUUUUCUGGAUGGCCUGUGAAGAGCUGAAAAAGGAGACUGAUCCCUCAGUGGUGGAAGAGAAGUCUAGGAUCAUAUACGAAGACUACGUGUCCAUAUUAUCACCCAAAGAGGUGAGUCUGGACUCGCGGGUCAGAGAAGGAAUAAACCAGAACCUGGCGGAGCCCAGCAACCUGAUGUACGAGGAGGCCCAGUUCCAGAUCUACAACCUGAUGCAUCGCGACUCCUUCCCCCGUUUCCUCAACUCCUCCGUUUACAGAGACCUCCUGGCCAACAGGAGGCUCACCUGCCUCGACACCUAGACUCCACCACACUCCCUAAUUGCCAUCGUACGCCAACGAGACUACUACUUAAACUUCAAAUACUACUAUGGUGCCAGAAGUCGGGUUUGGAAAAUCUCUCCAUCUUUUUUGAUUGAAAAGACUGAAUGACAUCCAAGAUAGCUGGUUGUUUUUUUAUUUAUAUUUUUUAAGCAAUUUAUAUCCAGUUCUCCACUGGAGCCAGGUCGGCCUUUAUUGGUUGGUUAUUGGUCAAUUUAAGACCAUUAAUGCUGGCCAGUGAUUGUUUUGCUAGCAAUUUGUGCUGUUAGUUGAGGUUGACUGGCCAACCCACUUGUCAACUGAAGUCAGUUGAAAUGGCCAACCUGAUGGCCAGCUGCUGGUUAACUGUGGACAAGGACUCUCAGGCGGUGGGGGCAGAAAGAGGAGAGCAGAAAGUGGACAAGCCAACUGUUGUACUGUAAUAUUUAGACCUCAUGCUUUCUACCUUCACUUUAAUAUUCUCUCUCUCUCUUACUCAUUCUUUCAUGUUGUUUUGUUUUUUCUAAUUCUGUCCCAUUCCGCAGAUGUUUAAUAUUGUGUUUUUAAUUUCUUUACUGUCCAAACAUGACACCUAGUUGUUGGUGGGAGUUGGGGCGUCUGCCCAUUUAACCAGAAGAAGCACUGGCUCUGCAUGUGACUUUCUCUCUUUACAGUAGCUUGACGAUGUAAGCCACGGACUGCAACUGUUUUUGAAUACUGAGAUAUAUUAAGUCUGGAUGUGUAUAUUCAGUGAAGGGAAAAAGGACACUUUGCCAAUUUAUAGCUUACUGCAGUUUUUCAUUGAGGAGACAUGAUGGCUUCUGCGGCAAAGGCAACAUACCCAUCCAUCCGUCCACCUGUCCAUCCAUCCAUCUGUCCGUCCAAGCACUUUCCUUCUUUGGGAUUCUUUAACUGGGAGAAGUAAGGGCUAGAAUUGUGGUUGGGCAGCUACAUGUAUUAUUAUUACUCAUGAACUUUAGACAAAAAAUCUCUCCGCUGAGAAAAUCACAAUGCCUUUACAUGUAAGAAAAAGGCAGCACAAGCGCUGCUGGAGUUUUUCUUGAAAGCAACCACAGUUUGUCCAACAAUUUCUACCUUCCAUCUUUUUUCCCUCCCUCUCCCUCCAACUCAGACCAUCACAGCCUGACAAGCACAGGUGCCCAAUGUGGGGGGAAAAACACAGCUGGAGAAAAUAUAAACAAACAAACCCACAAUAACUCAAAGUCCUCUACAUUUUAAGAUUGUCGCGCAGAAAACAAGGGUUUACCUUUUAGUGUUUUACCAUGAUUUGAGCAUUAUGGAAAGCUGGUUCUACUUUGAGAACGUAGGGAGAUGCAGCAGGCACUGAUCUAAUUGAAAUGGUUAUUGAGCCCUGGCCUUUGUCUGUAAGGCUUUAGCUUUAGAUGCUGUAGGUAACAUGACAAGUUGCUGGAGAUGGACGUCCAGUAUCACGCUGCAGAUACGUGCCACGGGUGCCAGACAUGAUGUCAAAGAUGCUGUGAAGAGCUAUCAGAUGUGACUUGUCACCAGGCUGUCGGCCAUUCUGGUGCAUGUCUGCUUCUCCAGCAGAUGGAGCUGGGAGAGUGUAUGGUAUUCCUUCAGUUAGCCACUGUCCAUUUAAGACACUCAUUUUUUUACCAGAGCUAGUGAAGAGGGUUGGUAUAGUAAUGCUAACCUGCUACCGUACUGGGCUUGCGAAGAGAGUUUGCGUAGUCACGCUACAUGCUAGCCUUCUCAACAAGGCUAAAUAGGUUUCAGCAUGCUGUAGGCAAGUAGUCCUCCUGCUUGUGCUAGCCAAUCCCUUAUCCCACUGCCAGCACUAACAUAUUCUGGUUUGUUUUUCUAAUCUGACUUUGACAGCAUGCAAUGAUAAUAUGUGUGUAUGGUACAAUUACACACUUAACAGAAACAUUUUGAUAAAAAAAAAAGAAUUAAGGGGGUCUUGCCAAAUGUCCCAUUAAUGUUUUUAGUAUGUAAAGUUUUUGUUUUUUGAUGAUGUAAACUUUUGAACUUUGGCCUGUGGAUGUGCAGUAGAAAGUGCAUGAGUGCAGUAUAUGCUAUUCUGUUUAACUAACUCGGCCUCCAAGUCCAUUCAUUGUGUAACAUGAUGGAUAGCUAACCUUAAAGUGUCAAUGAAACAGUGCCACUCAUUACUGAUAAAUGUAGGCAUCCAUGUUGCCACCUUCUUUACAGUAACUACCUGAAGUUCACGUGCCAAAUUUGGUCUAGAUUAAAUUUAAGAGUAGACGGUGCAGGAUGUCUAGCAGACUAUUGAAGUGCAAUUGGAGGUCGGUAGUGAUUAAAGAAUGAAACUGUGUACUAUUAUUUUAGAUUGGUUAUUAAAUUAUCAGAAGUUACUAACCACGACACCUGUCAGAAUACUCAGAAUGUUGUAAUGCCACUUUUGGAUUAAUCAAGAAACUGACUCUAGUUAGCAUUUGCAAGAUUCACUAGAUGACUGAAGUAAGGCAACAGAUCUUUUUAUUAAUAAUAAUUUAAAUAAAUACAGGUCCUCUUCUCGAGCCUAAAUGGAAAACAAGUCCAUGGAGUCAAGGUAUUUUGACUUUUACACCAGAUUUAUUUUCACUUAGUGUUAAAAAUGCUAACUAGAUGUAGAUAUCACAUCAAAUCCAAGCUAUCAUAUUACCACAAAAGUUUUCUGUAGUAUAAGUGUUGGUUAUAAAUUGGUAACACUGACACUGUAAAGUCAAGAAGAAUUUUUUUGCAAUGUUUCUUCUUGAAAAUAUACUAUAUUUAACUUGCCAAUACAGUACUCACAUGCAGACUGCAUUAAUACCCAUAAGGACUUGAUUUGAUAAUGCUUAGCUGCUGUAAUGAAGAGCCGUGCACGCAUGCGCAUAAGAAUAAUUAACCGAUUCUGAAACUGAAAGACCAAUUGUCACACUUACUCCUUGAAGCAGUUUUCAUUUCCAGGCAGCAGUUAGACAUAUUUGUAAAUUUUUAACUAGUAGAGUAGAAGAAUGCCUGUCACUCAUAAAGCUCUCUUGCAAACAAGUCCCUCUUCUGCUCAGUACAGCUAUGUUUCAUUGUUGCUGAGUCUAUACAGUAAUUAAAAUGACAAUGUUUCACCAAGAACCAGAUAAUGAAAUCAUGGUGCAAUUAAACCAAGUUUACAUUUAUAAAUUGUGAGAUGUGUGUACCUUAUUAAAUACUUGUAACCGUGGGGAGCUAACUGUCCCCGGUGUGAGCGGAGAAACCAGUUUCUGCCCAGUGCUAAUUCUUUUAGCACUUUACAGGGUUUACAGGGAGGACAGACACAGCAGAAUCCCAGGUAACAGUGUUUUACAAGGAGGACAGACACAGCAGAAACCCACGUUUUCUGCUUACGUCCUUUCCUCUUAAUUUAUUGUGAGUUUUACACAGUGGGGGAAAAGUACACAGUUGUUUAUUUUUAAUGACUGCAUUUCAAAUGUAGAUUUUACAAGCAAUGAUGAUGAUGAUGAUGUGAAGUGAUGUGUCAUCGCUGAGUUUAGAUAUUUUUUGUCUUUAAAUUCCCAUGGGUUCCAAGUGAAUGGGUUUUUGAAACAUGACGUGAAAAGGUUGAGAGCUGUGUCCAGAUCGGGUGGAGGAGGUUUGCGAAGCUUUGGCCUUACUGACACGUUUUAUUUUUUCCUUUGUAUAGAAAAACAACAAACGUCUCUGUAGGCCUUUCACUACCUCUCAUGUUGGUUAAUUUAUUUCACAUCUAGUUGUUAAUGUACAAGUUUUUUUUUUCUAGAUCUACUUGAAGCCUAACACUGUAAACAAAAAUGUGCACAGAAAAACGACUAUGUACAGUAUAUGACCAGAGGGGUUGAAGAGAGCUUGGCCUAGUCGACAUUAUUCUUUUUGUUUGUCUGUAUGUUUGUUUUUAAUUGUGUUGAGCUGAACUAGAUUUUGCAUCUCUAUAAAGAAUUCAGGAAUCUACUGUCUAAGGGCUAAUCCCAUUUUUGCCUAUGCAAAUCUGUUACUGUGGGUGAGUUGGGAAAGUGCGAACUACAGCACCUUUCACCUGUUUUAGAUGGACCAUGGUUUACAAUGCCCUUUGCUGAUAUUCUUCAAUCUAAGUCAGCAAAAAUGUAUGCUUAUUUUUGUUUCUAUAUAAAAAAUAAUAUAUAUGAUAUAUAUGUGUGUGUGUGUAUAUAUAUGUAUAUAUAUAUAUAUAUAUACAUAUAUGUAUAUGUGUAUAUAUAUAUAUAUAUAACAAGUAAUAUACAGAGAAAAUAGUAUAUGCCUUUGUGAUGAUAAAAAAGAAACCUUGCUGAAAACAAAUAAAUGUGUUAUUGUCUGACAUUAUGUGGCUGUUUGCUGGAGUCUUGGUAAGAUGAUGUAGACGGAACUCAUCUGACGGUUAAGCGACUGGUUGAAAGGUUGACUGUCAUUACUCUGACUACAACACUAGUAGCUGAACCAGUGCAGUAUUUCCUAACUGAGGGGGAAAACAUUUACUUAUUUAAGGGGAAACCACAUCAUUACUUUCUUUGACAAAUAUUGUUAUCCAGCCCUUGCCUGUGAGGGAAAUAAGGUAUUUGGGCCACCCAGGACUUGUCCUUGUCAUUUUUACCUGUAACAUUUGGUCAUUUUUAAAGCAAGACUAUGCAUCUUUUGCUAAACAAAGGCCAAAAUUGCCACUGGUGACAAUUAAGGGAUAAGGGCAAAUGACAUAACAUUGUGUAAAAGUAGAGUCAAGUCAUAGAGUCAGCAAACUGACUCAGUAAUGUCAUUUAAAGAGGUGUGUAAGUUUGCUAGCAUUAGCCACCACAAGCUAGUUGUUACACCAUACCAAAGUAAGGCUGCAACGCCAAAACCUUUGAGUAUAUAAAAUUGAGCAAAAGUGUGUUUUACUGCUUAUUAAAUUAACUUUUCCUUUGGAAGAGUCAGGCUGUUAUUUCAUCAUCAAGUUGCAUAGUCUCACUUUGAAGAGUUAGAACAUGUGCACUGUCCAUAUGUAAGUCACAUUUUAUAACCAGUAAUCCAUUAAGAAAAUAAAAGGAUUCCACUUGCCAUGAAAUAAUUAACAUUUUAGCAUUAUUAUCUUUUUGUUUGUCAGUGGACACUGCACAGCUGUUAGUGUUAGUUUGUAAUCAGAUGUGUGCCGCACCAUGUCGUCAGCAAACAACAAGAACUUAUUUUUCUAUUCUUCAACUUAUUGUUCUUUUUGUAGCCACAUCCAGUCAGACUAUCACUGUGCUAAUACAGUAGCGUUGAUGUGAAAUGCAUCAGCAGAAGUAGACUUUCUGUGUUUUAAACACUCCACCAAUGCAAGAUGUAAGAAAAGUCAAUAAUACAUUACUUACAAGACCAUUCACUCAGCUUUUAAAAGACACGUUUAGCUUAGAGUUAAGGGUUGAUUUGAGUUUUAAUAAUUUAUUUUUUAAUUCUUUGUACAGAAAAUGUUUUGCUCCUGAACUGAGAUAGAAAUUAUAAUAGGAGGGUUGAUGUAUAGAUUUUUCAUCCACAAUUCCUUACAGUGCAUCCUGGAAGAAAAAAAAAAAAGGCAGGUUGUUGGUUUGAAACUCAACCUGCUUUGUGUGUUCCCUCAGUUGAAUUUGGUGCCUCUUUAUGCUUCACAACAGACCUCAAGAUCUCUCUCUCUCUCUCUCUCUCUCUCUCUCUCUCUCUCUCUCUCUCUCUCUCUGUCUGUCUCAUUUCCGCUCUUUGUAAGAUUACAGAUACAACAGAGCAGAGACCGUCCCAUUUUACAACAAAUAUAACACUGAUGUUUGUUCCUCCUACUGACACCCUCAUAUUGUCUGUUUUCUAUCUCUUCCAGAGGUGUUUUUGCUACUACUAAGGAAAGAGAUUAUAUUUGUGCAGGUACCUGGUUGAAGUUGGUUUUCAACAGUUUUAGGCAAUCACUUUUCUCUUUAUUGAUUUAGAUGCCUAAGCCUCUUGUUUUUUUGUCAUGCCUUUGUAGAUAGAUCACAGUCGGCGAAAGAUUAUCCACAGGUGAAAAGAAAAAGAAUUUUAUUGUCACUUGCAAUUAAAAGAAGUGACAGUUUUUCUAUUUGCAUGCUUUUUGCUAAAUAAAUGAAAUAAUUCAGUUAUUUGCUAUAAACGAUACUGUAUGAGUAUGUAUUCAAGUACUGCAGUAUGCAGACAAUUAAAAAUAUCACAAACUCUUUUGAGAGGUUCAUAUCUUUCUUCUAGUAUGUUUCACUAAUAAUAUUGACAGUUAUGGGUUCUUAAUUCUUGUUUCGAGUGUCUCAAUGAAAUGCCAGAAUGUCUAAAUGACCCUCUUUGUAUUAACAAAUAUACACUAUGGUUGGUUAUUUCCACAUGCAUGACUUGCAGAGUAAUUUUACCAGGACAAUGCUAAUGCAGGGGGCUUUUUAAUCAACACAUUUUGUCAGUUGAGCUCAACUUUUUUCUAUUUUUCACUAAUUGCUUGACGUUGGAUUAUGACUGAGAUCCUGUCUGUUUUGUCAUUAUUAGCAUCAGGGCAGGUUAAAUCUUUUCAUUGUGCUCACUAAUGGCCAGCAAGGAAGUGUGGAGUGAACUGUAUUAUUUAUUAUCUUGCCACACAAAGCAAAUGUCACCUCAGUGUUUCAGAUUUAAAAUGGUGAGAUAAGAAAAUGACAGUGCAGCUUCAAACAGAAGCCAGAAAGCUUAAAAAAGUUCAGUAGAUUGUGCAACUUCCUCAUACAUCUCAGAGCACUGUGCCCCUAGCCGUCAGGGUUGGGAUCAAGGAUCUGAUUGCUUUUCAUCAUGACUUUUUUUUUAAAGUUUUUUUCAAAGAAAACUGAUCGUCGAUCCUUGAUCAGCAGUCGCUGAGAUGCAGGAAUCCCUUAACUGUAGCAUUAUGAAAAAAAAGAUAUUUCUGUCUUAUUUGUCCAACUUUGAUAAAACAUUUAUCCUCUGUUGUAGAAUAUGACAGAAGGGGCUCAUCUCAUGUAGCCUUGUCUUCUAGGGACGUUAAUCUGUACUUUAAGACAUAUGGUGCAAAUUUAACUGAGCAUUAAGGAAUUUGUACAAUGUGAGAAACAUUUCAUUAUGUUGGUGUUGCCAAUUCUCUACGUGAUAGUACUCUACAAAUGUGACUGUAAUUUUCACCAAGGGUAGUAGAAUCAAGAUUAAAGAAAUAUUUACACAGACUAGUUUAGAAAGUGUGGAUUUCUUUCUUUCUUAAGACUUAACUUGGUCAACAAGUUUUACAAUAGCUAUGUAGAAAUGUAGAAAGAAGCUUAUUGCCAAGAGUUAGAUGAGAAGAUCGAGACCACUCUCAUAUUUAUGUGUGUAAACUAUGAACCUACAGCCAGCAGACGGUUAGCUCAGUUAGAUUAGCUAGGACUAAUUAGCUAAAUGGAUGAAACUGAUAUCCUGGCUCUGUCCACCUAUAAAGAUCACCAAGUGUACCUUCUUUGUUUAAUGCGUACAAAAAUAAUGGGUAGAAACAACAAUUUUUUUUUUAUGGGGGAUUUUGUGUCAGAUGCUUCCAUAAAGGACCAGGAAAUGUUUUUUGCUAAGCUAACCGGCUGCUGUUCAUGUCUUCUAAUCUAACUCUGCAAGUAAAGUGAAUAAUUGUAUUUCCGAAAUGUCAAACUAUUCUUUUAAAAACAAUUGAGCUACGUAAAAUAAAAAAACAAUUAAGGAAAAACCUGGUUGAAUUUGCCUGACACACUGGUACAAUGUAACUGUCCCAGGAAGUACAACAAUGCGGCUUUGCUGGAUAAAAAUUAUAAUCUACCUUUUGUUUCAAUGUAAAGGGGUCAAAGGAAAUGUUAGAAUAUAAAUCACAUGUUCUGUUGGACUCGAAAUGUUCCUCACAAAACACAUUUUUUUAUUUGUCUUUCACGUUGCUGUUGUGGGUUUUUUAUGUCAUCCUUCUGAAUCAUCAACGUAUAAUCGUUGACAUGUAACACACCUGAAAACUCUGUAAACAGGCACUGAACAUUUGGAAGCAUGACUGAUGUGGAUUACAAGCUACCAUAUCACACCCAACUGAAAUUGUAACUGUCACACUAUUCACUGUUUUUUAAUUUGUUUUAACUUAAUUUAUUUUAACAGCAGGUUUAUUUCAGUCAUUGUUUUUUUCUUUUAUCUCAAAAGACACAAAAAUGUUGUCCAUCCGCCUUUAACUUUACACAGUUAAAGUUAACUGAACACGUUAACAGCGUGUUCAGCUGUGGUACAUUUUCAUCUGAUUCAGUCUCUAUCUUUGUUCACACAAUGACAUCUUGCAUUAAGAGAAAACUCCAAUCUAUGGUAACUGCCCUUGAAUAUCUGUAUUUAAAUAGUGCUGCUAGAGAAAUGAAUUUAAAUGUAACAAACUUACAAUAAAUACUAAAUAGAUUUUU